ACAAUCGGAAUGUUUUCUAGUGGUGCGUUGCCAUCAACAAAUGAAUGUUGUUAAAAUAAGUCUUGAUAACAUUAAUACCCACACAAACCUGGCUUGUGAUCAGAUAGAACGGACAGGACUUUUUUUCGAGGCAAUCAUCAAACCAAAGUCAGCAAACUAGAAAAUAUCAGGAGAAGAAGCCUAAAGAGGGAUCAUUUCUUGUAAGAUGUCUCUGCUUGACCGAAACCUCUUCAGCCUCGUCGUUGUCGCUUUUCUAAUUAUUCAAGCAGCGUCACAGGAAACAUCCUCUUCGAUACAGGAGUCAUCAUCUACUUCUCCAAGCGCAUCAUCCUCUAUGAUACAGGAGUCAUCAUCUACUUCUCCCAGCGCAUCAUCCUCUGUGAUACAGGAGUCAUCAUCUACUUCUCCAAGCGCAUUAUCCUCUUCGAUCCUAGAGAUCCAGGCGACAUCAUCUACUUCUAGUGCAUCAUACAGGAUACAGGAGUCAUCAUCUACUUCUCCCAGCGCAUCAUCCUCUUCGAUUCAGGAGUCAUCAUAUUCUUCUCCAAGCGCAUUAUCCUCUUCGAUCCAGGCGACACCAUCUACUUCUAGUGCAUCAUCCUCUUUGAUCCAGGCGACAACAUCUUCUUCUCUAAGCACAUCAUCCUCUUCGAUCCUAGGGAUCCAGGCGACACCAUCUACUUCUAGUGCAUCAUCUUCUUCAAUACAGGAGUCAUCAUCUACUUCUCCCAGCGCAUCAUCCUCUUCGAUUCAGGAGUCAUCAUAUUCUUCUCCAAGCGCAUUAUCCUCUUCGAUCCAGGCAACAUCAUCUACUUCGAGUGCAUCAUCCUCUUCGAUCCAGGCGACAACAUCUUCUUCUCUAAGCACAUCAUCCUCUUCGAUCCUAGAGAUCCAGGCGACAUCAUCUACUUCAAGUGCAUCAUCCUCUUCGAUCCAGGCGACAACAUCUUCUUCUCUAAGCACAUCAUCCUCUUCGAUCCAGGCGACAACAUCUUCUUCUCUAAGCACAUCAUCCUCUUCGAUCCAGGCGACAACAUCUUCUUCUCUAAGCACAUCAUCCUCUUCGAUCCAGGCGACAACAUCUUCUUCUCUAAGCACAUCAUCCUCUUUGAUCCAGGCGACAACAUCUUCUUCUCUAAGCACAUCAUCCUCUUCAAUCCAGGCGACAACAUCUUCUUCUCUAAGCACAUCAUCCUCUUCGAUCCAGGCGACAACAUCUUCUUCUCUAAGCACAUCAUCCUCUUUGAUCCAGGCGAUACCAUCUACUUCUAGUGCAUCAUUCUCUUCGAUCCAGGCGACAACAUCUUCUUCUCUAAGCACAUCAUCCUCUUCGAUCCAGGCGAUACCAUCUACUUCUAGUGCAUCAUCCUCUUCGAUCCAGGCGACAACAUCUUCUUCUCUAAGCACAUCAUCCUCUUCGAUCCAGGCGAUACCAUCUACUUCUAGUGCAUCAUCCUCUUCGAUCCAGGCGAGAACAUCUUCUUCUCUAAGCACAUCAUCCUCUUCGAUCCUAGAGAUCCAGGCGACAUCAUCUACUUCAAGUGCAUCAUCCUCUUCGAUCCAGGCGACAACAUCUUCUUCUCUAAGCACAUCAUCCUCUUCGAUCCAGGCGACAACAUCUUCUUCUCUAAGCACAUCAUCCUCUUCGAUCCAGGCGAUACCAUCUACUUCUAGUGCAUCAUCCUCUUCGAUCCAGGCGACAUCUUCUUCUCUAAGCACAUCAUCCUCUUCGAUCCAGGCGACAACAUCUUCUUCUCUAAGCACAUCAUCCUCUUCGAUCCAGGCGACAACAUCUUCUUCUCUAAGCACAUCAUCCUCUUCGAUCCAGGCGAUACCAUCUACUUCUAGUGCAUCAUCCUCUUCGAUCCAGGCGACAACAUCUUCUUCUCUAAGCACAUCAUCCUCUUUGAUCCAGGCGAUACCAUCUACUUCUAGUGCAUCAUCCUCUUCGAUCCAGGCGACAACAUCUUCUUCUCUAAGCACAUCAUCCUCUUCGAUCCAGGCGAUACCAUCUACUUCUAGUGCAUCAUCCUCUUCGAUCCAGGCGACAACAUCUUCUUCUCUAAGCACAUCAUCCUCUUUGAUCCAGGCGAUACCAUCUACUUCUAGUGCAUCAUUCUCUUCGAUCCAGGCGACAACAUCUUCUUCUCUAAGCACAUCAUCCUCUUCGAUCCAGGCGAUACCAUCUACUUCUAGUGCAUCAUCCUCUUCGAUCCAGGCGACAACAUCUUCUUCUCUAAGCACAUCAUCCUCUUCGAUCCUAGAGAUCCAGGCGACAUCAUCUACUUCAAGUGCAUCAUCCUCUUCGAUCCAGGCGACAACAUCUUCUUCUCUAAGCACAUCAUCCUCUUCGAUCCAGGCGACAACAUCUUCUUCUCUAAGCACAUCAUCCUCUUCGAUCCAGGCGAUACCAUCUACUUCUAGUGCAUCAUCCUCUUCGAUCCAGGCGACAUCUUCUUCUCUAAGCACAUCAUCCUCUUCGAUCCAGGCGACAACAUCUUCUUCUCUAAGCACAUCAUCCUCUUCGAUCCAGGCGACAACAUCUUCUUCUCUAAGCACAUCAUCCUCUUUGAUCCAGGCGACAACAUCUUCUUCUCUAAGCACAUCAUCCUCUUCAAUCCAGGCGACAACAUCUUCUUCUCUAAGCACAUCAUCCUCUUCGAUCCAGGCGACAUCUUCUUCUCUAAGCACAUCAUCCUCUUCAAUCCAGGCGACAACAUCUUCUUCUCUAAGCACAUCAUCCUCUUCGAUCCAGGCGACAACAUCUUCUUCUCUAAGCACAUCAUCCUCUUCGGUCCAGGCGAUACCAUCUACUUCUAGUGCAUCAUCCUCUUCAAUCCAGGCGACAACAUCUUCUUCUCUAAGCACAUUUCUCUUUCCAACCUCCUCUUCUGUCCAGGCGAUAUCAUCUACUUCUAGUGCAUCAUCCUCUUCGAUCCAGGCGACAACAUCUUCUUCUCUAAGCACAUCAUCCUCUUCGAUCCUAGAGAUCCAGGCGACAUCAUCUACUUCUAGUGCAUCAUCCUCUUCUAUCCAGGCGUCAUCUUCUACUUCUAGUGCAUCACCAUCCUCUGUGACUUCGGUUUCCAGCAGCGCCUCCCCUACACCAUCUAGCACGCCCAUACCAUCGGCGUCAACAUCUCCUGUAUCACACAGUGCCCCGUCUUCCACGUUAAUUUCACCAAGCCCUUCGUCAUCUUCCAUUGCUAUUUCCAGCUCCGUUUGUAACCCCGACUGCCAUGGAACAUGUAAUGGAGCAGCGCAACAGAAUGAAUGUGGUGUUUGCUAUGGGGGCUUGACAGGGAAGUACAGUAAUAGUAGUAAGGAUUGUAGCGGCACGUGCCACGGAGCCGCGACCGUUGAUAGCUGUGGCAACUGCACUGGAGGCACCACAGGCAGGACCGCUGAAUCUGCAAAGGAUGUUUGUGGUGUUUGUCAUGGUACCGGUAGCACGUGUCAAGGCUGUGAUGGUGUGGCCAAAAGCGGAAAGGUUAAGGAUUCUUGCGGCGUAUGCGGAGGGGACGGAACCAGCUGCACUGCUCUUUCCGGUGUAAAGUGUCCAGCUGUUGAUAAAAGAUCCGCUGUGAUAACAUUCUUUGGCGGUGGUCUCAAUAACGGUACUGCUGUCAAUUGUAAAAUUCGGGACCCCAGUACUGGAGCAGUAUUGCAAACGGCACAAGCCUCUGACGUGACAGUAACGCAAGGAACCUGUACCAUCGCUACAUGGAGUGGAUUUGCUGCCGGCUGGUACAACUUGUCUAUUUCCAUCCUGCAAAGUGAUGGAACGCAAGUCAACGUGACUGGCACUCAACAGCUGUACUUCUUCGACGGCGCGGUCACGAAUUUCACAAGCAUCGACAAAACCUCGAUUCUGCUGACGGAUCUUCCACAAGAUAUUUUCAUCAAAGGCAGUGGCUUUUUCUCUGGUGGCGGACAGUACUGCUAUCUUGGAACUUCCAAAGUUCCAGCUACCUUCAUAAAUGAGACUACUCUCAAGUGUACUACACCGGCCACCGCCGUCUCGGCUAGGAUACUUCUGCUCGUCACUUUCAACGAUGGGUGCAGCAACAUCACAACAAAUUUGCAGGUUACUCUCGAAGCACCUGCUCCAGUCUUAACCAAGACUCAGUUCACAGACAGCGGAGCCCAGAUCGGGGUGACGUUCAAUACCGAAGUGGCGACAGCAGGCCUGAUGACGUGCUCUAAUAUAUUUGAUGGCCCGACGAUGGACAAACUUGGCACAAAUCCCACCUGCACCUGGACGAGCAAAUCUACAGUAAUGAUCACGCCUGGACCUUCCGCUACUCUCAGCCCCGGUGACACUAUGACUCUCAAUCCAAACGUUAUAAAGGCUGACGGACAGGCGUAUGCAAAGUUUGCCUCGGGCUCGGCAUCUAUUAUUCAAGCUCCUGCGAACCCACAGAGCGCCCAGCCAGUCAUAACAGGUCCCACGUCCCUCUCGGUUUGUGGUAAUCUAUCACUAGCUGGAAUCCAGUCUUCAGGUAGCGGUGGUAGACCGCUGAAAUAUGAAUGGCGCCUCAAGACGUCACCAUCAGGGGUUGACACUAGUGCGCUGACAGCCUUUCUUGAUGGGAAAAAUUCAUCCAGUCUGACUAUUAAUGGAAACCUAAUGCAGUCAGGGCAAACCUAUGUAUUUGAGCUGUGUGUGUCUAAUUUCUUGAACUACGCGAACAAAGCCUGUGUCCAACACACAUUGUCUAAGACUUCAGUAGCUGGUCCAAGGAUAACGGUAUCAGCGCCCUUAAGUGACCUGAACGCCAAGUCAGUGUUUGUCUCCCAAUCAUUUUUCAUCAAAGCGAAAGCCGAGGCUGCCUCAUGCUCUAACAUCUCCGCACCGAAGAUCAACUUUGAGUGGCGCGUGACCUGCGCAGACUUAGAGGCCAAGGCGGCCAUCGAGGGCAACGCUGACUUCACAAAAACAAAGAACACAGCAAACCUGCAGAUUGCUGCGCGCGUGUUAAAGGCCGGGAAGACGUGUACGUUCACUGUCAAGGGGAUCAUGCAAAGCCAGGUUGCAGUUUAUUCUGAAGAAUCUAUAGAGAUCAACCCGCAAUCAACGCCUUUGGGUGCUCUGGUUAUUGGAGGUAACCGAGAAACCGGUCGAACCUGCAGCGAGCUGCGCCUCCAGGCUCAAGUGACGGACCUCGACUUGGAAGAUGUCGUUCCUAACUGUACAUGGGCGUGUCAGACAAGCACCGGGGCUACCUGUGGAUCGGCCACGCGAGUCGGACAGACCAUCAGUCCGGCCAGCUCGUGUGACUCCAGGGUCCCGUGCGAGGAGUUCAGGGUCGGCACAACAUACAUCUUCACGGUGACGGCCAUGAAACGUUCUCGCACAACUACGGCCCAAACUCAGAUCAAGGUGGUUUCUGGGAGUCCACCGGAAGUAUGGGUGAAACAAGCAGAGGUCAAGGUCGUGGCCUCUAACGGCUUUACCUUGGAGGGAUAUUAUAAGUCCGGCCUGGAACCAAGCCUCGUCGAAUGGAAAAGCAUAUCAAAAGAGGGUUACCUUGUGGCGCAACCUGGAAGUCUGUUCCAGUCCUAUACAAAGGGAAGUACAUCAUUGGCUUAUUCCGUCUUCCGGCAGAGUCUCACAAAAGGAGCAAUGUAUCGUUUUGAGCUUCAAGUGACGCUAGACGGCGCGAUCGGCAGGGCUUACAUUGACGUCAUCACACGACAAGGCCCAACUUCCGGAAAGCUAGUCGCUAGUGCUGCUACUGCCGAGGCCUUCUCGUCCGUAGAGCUGACAGCGUUCGGUUGGAUACCAGAAGAUGACGGUGCCAAACCUUUGACCUACACCUUCAAACAAGGGAAAAUUACCGUGUACUCGGGUACUUCAGCCAGCUGCACUGCCGUCGUGUCAACCGGGCAGUUCUCUCUGAAGGUUACAGACGCAUAUGGCUCAUCAUCGUUUGCAAACCUCAACAUCACGGUGACAGCACCAACCGAUCCGAGUGCAGCUGUGUCUAGCGUGUUAGCAGCUGCUAGUACGCUUUCAGACUCUGGCGAUCCCACUCAAGCCGUGUCGAGCUUGGCGAUGCUUACAGGUUCCUCGGCUCUUGCAAGCGAGGAGGAUAAGAAGAAGGUUCAAACGGCUCUUCAAGACGCAGUCAUUGAAGCUACCAAAGGCGGAGUGUCGGCCGAGACGGCAGAGGUUGUUUUUAGUGCGCUUAGUGAAAACCCCACCGAGGUCACUGGAACAAGAUCAGACGAAUUGGCAAAUACCGCAUCAAAGGUAAUAGGUAGCCUUCCUAACCCGACCCCGGAGAUACUUCAAGACGCUGCAAAGAUCGUCGAGUCUCUUGACCCCACAGCUAGUGCCGGCUCUGCACAGAAAAUCAGUGAUUUAUACGAUCAGAUAGGAGACACAGCGGUAAAGUCGCUGAAACCUGGAGACACAUUUUCUAUUGACACCAAGGACAUAAAGCUCUCGGUAUCGCUAACCACAGGCAAGGAGCCUGUGACGAGUGCUGACGGAACAAAGGCUGAUGUCCCACCGUCGGCCUUUUGCAGUACAGAUCCUUGUGAACCAGUGGCUGCAUCGAUAGCAAAACCAAGCGCUGCCCUGAUCCCAUCGGGCGAGACCAUAGAUCCAAACAUGGCUGUCAAAUUUAGUCUGACUAACGCCGAAGGUCAAAAGAUAGCCGUCAACAAUCUCGCCGAACCAAUUGUUAUAAGUCUCCCGAUAUCCGGUUCCUCUCCGCCUGGGAAUACGUUUGUGUGCAUGUUCUAUGACAGUGCAAGGAACGUUUGGUCAUCCGACCACGUCACGACACAGUACACCGUGGGAGACACAGAGGUUAAGUGCCUCACGACUCAUCUGACAACAUUUGGUGCUCCUUCUAAGCCUUCAACACCAGACGUCAGGACGCCCCCACCGGGUGUAGAGCCUGCGAAGCACCGACUUGCUGUCGAAAUCAACAAGGCGUUCUUCACCAACGGCUGGAAUGACACAGUGAUGGCUAAUACGUCCAGCCCUGAGUACCAGGCCGCCCUGAUCCAGGUGCAAAACGCGCUCGCCAGGAUCUUCGCCAACCAGUCGUACUAUGGCGCCAGCGAAAUCAUCCUGUCAUCAAAGGACGGUAAGGUGCUCUUGACAGCGCUGCUGAAAUUCUCCCCCGACACGACUGGCGUCCUGGAGGCGUUCAAGGCCGGUGUGACGAGGGAAGGCUAUCAGAUUAACAGCGACUCUGCUGUUGUGACGAAAGAAUCACCCGCAGGGUCAGUUCCAUCGGAAGACGACGACACGGCAGCCAUCAUCGGGGGGUGCGUUGGUGGCGCGGUCGCGCUACUGCUCUUGAUAGGGAUAGUGGUCUACUGCAACAAGGCAAAGAAGAACAAAAUCAAAGAUGCCAGUAGCGAGCAGGCAGAAGAGGUGGGAUUGACCAAUCGCGCGGCGUCGUCACCUGACGUCAAUAACAGCGCAUAAUUUAUUUUCUGUUUGCUAAUCACGUGAUUUUUUAUUAUUCCAAAAACGCUACCUGCUGGAGAUGAUUGUAAAUUUGUACUCUAACUUCAUCCGGGUAUAGACUACACAAAACUAUGAAUAGGCAUUAAAAUUCUUGCUUUGUAAAUGAGCUAAGGAUUUCCAAACUGGUUUCACCAGCACCGAACACGUAGAAUGUGGGAGGGGGGUCUGAACCAUCGCUCAAUAUGUUUUGUUCGGUGUAAUCACAAAAGAAAGCUCAGUGCUGCAUUGGACGAGUAAAUGGUUAUGAUAUAAGUAUAGUUUACACAACUCAGUGAAGCUGUCAAUAAUAUUGUGAACAGCUACAGAGAUCAGGCAAAGCUGUCGGUGCGUAGCGGAGUUUUACUCAAGAAAAGUGCAAACAUAUAAGAUCCUUCACACACAAAGGCUGGAACUAUGGCACUUCUGUAAUAGAACAAUCAUCGCGUUAGGCCUUUUAUUAGCUACUUGCUAGGUAUUGCAGGUAUUGGUUCAACUCCAAGGUCCAAGAAAGGGGCAGACAUUUCAAGAUGUGUUUUCCACUAAUUUGAUACUUAUGCAUGCUUUUUAAAGUUUUGAAUAAAUUUUCGCAGUCAA